AGGAAAGUAAAUGAAAGACAUAAAUGAAAAAAGAUGGAAAGAAAUGAAAGCCUGGCUUAAAAAAAGUUUCAAUCAAAAAUUAACAUUUAUAAAAAGAAAUUUUCUUCAAUUCGAUUUCGUCUUUUGAAACGAUUUAAAUUACGUAAAAAAUACUUUCUGUAUUAUCAUAAAUAAUAAAAAUAUUUAUGUGGUAUAUUUCAAGGGAAACUUAGAAAUAAUUAAAAAAGUUGUAUCGAUUUUUGAUAACACUAAUCCACUAUAUAUCUAAUCAUAAGAAAAGCAAAAUUAUAAAAGUAACAUUAGAAAAGCUUAAAGUUUUCUUCUCUAAUAGAGUGAUGGUUUUAAAAAGUUAAAAAAGUUAAAAAAAAAGGAAAAAAGAAAUUGAGAAACCUCGUUAGAAAAAAAAUCAUUUUAUACUAUUAAUUAAGAACUAUUAAUUACUAUUAGAUACUAAUAAGGAUUCGAUAAAGGAAGCAAAAAAAAAAUAGAGAUUAAAAGAGAUAAAUAAAUAAAAUAUUAAAACGAGGACCAAGCUAAUUAUUAGUUUACAACGUAGUAUAAAAAUGAUUACAAUAUCGAAAAGUUACAAACGUUUUAAACAUUUAUCAAUUUCGUGUCUGCCAAAAUAAAAAACAAUUUACUGCUUAGUAAGUAAACAAUUUAUUAAGUAUCAAUUAAAAUAAUAAACUCUUUUAUUUUAAAGUUCGAUUUCUACGAAGGUUUAAACAUUUCAAAAUAUAACUCAUUGUGUGAUCAAUAUUUUUCAACGAGUGUCGUUUUUAUCUGUUCCACCAUUCAAAUCUUCUAUAGAUUUUUCAUCAUUUUUUGCAUCGUCGAACGUAAGAAUCAAAUCGGACUAACAUCGAGAAUUCUAUUUCUAUCUAAUAUCUAAACAUUUAAAACGAUAAGUACGCCUUAUCUUCUAUAAUUCUUAAAAUGAUUCUGGACAUUGGAAAAUAUGUAUUCCUGAUUCAGUUGAUGGAUGUAAUGAAUGAACCGGUGAUCGUUAAUUCGCCAUGCCCGAAAUUUUUUCGUUACAUUCGGAGCAAUGUUAUCGAGACAAUGGGACAGAUCAAAAUACCGUCUCCGCCGAAAAAUGUUCCGUUACAUUUGAAAAUAAAAUUAACCGUGUCAGCAUUGUUACCCACUAAAUAUAAUGGUCGAUUGAAAUUGGCGCAAUCAUUAGAAGAAUCGGUGAAAGCGAUUCAAGAGAACAGAUCGUUGUAUUAUUUAGUUUAUUUUCCUAUAUACCGACCAAUACCAAUAUUAACAGGUAUAUGGUUGAACGAUCAGGAAUAUUGUAGCGCUCCACCUUCAUUUGGAAUUAUUGUAACGUCAAUUUUUUUGGAACAUAUAUUGUUACCACCUAGAAUAUUAUUGAUAUCUAAAAAUCAAGGAAACAACAAGGAUAAUGUGGCACCGAAUUUUAAUGAUUUUUUAUUAUCCAAUCCAUGUCGAUUUCCAUUGAUUUUAUCAUUGGAAAAAGAACAGUCAGCAUUGGACUUGCAAUUUCCCUCCAACUAUAAUAAUACCUAUAACAUUUCUGAUGGAUCAAUUAAUAAAUGUUGUCAAGGUAUUAGUAAUAAUACUCUUGUUACAUCUAGGAAGACAUCUAUGGAUCAAUGGCCUUGGAUGGCUGCUAUUUUUGUUAUGAGAAAUAAAUUAGAUUUGCAGUGUGUCGGUAGUUUGAUUACAAACAAGCAUGUCAUUACAGUAGCGCACUGUAUAAAAAUGUACAAUGUGAUCGUACCAAUAAAUACUAUGGUCGUUUUUUUGGGACAUUAUCAUAUAAGAAAUUGGAAUGGAAUAGAGUCGACCAAUCGAGAAGUGGAAGAAUAUAGAUUACAUCCAGACUUUAAGGAUGAUUUAAAAAAUCCAACGGCUGAUGGAGAUCUCGCUAUUAUCAUAUUAAAAAAUCCAGUCAAUUUUUCUCCCUUUAUUAGACCAGUUUGCCUUUGGUCUGGAUCGAAUGAUUUAGAAGACGUAAUCGGUUCCACAGGAUAUGUUGUUGUUUGGGAUCACAAGGAUUUAAUUAAUCCUUAUUUAGAUAAAUCUCGAUUGAUCAGAAUGACAAUAAUGUCUCAAGAGGAUUGUCUUCGGAGCAAUGCAGUUUUUGUAACUCUCACGUCAAAUCGUACUUUUUGUGCUGAUUCUAAAAACAAUAAUGGACCGUGUAAUGGUGAUAGUGGAAGUGGAUUGUUAAUACGUAAGAAUGAUGGAUCUUAUUUAUUACGUGGAAUUGUUUCACGAUCCAUUCAAGAUGAAAUUACAAUGUCCUGUGAUUUUACACAAUAUGUUGUCUAUGUUGACAUAGCGAAAUAUUUAGAUUGGAUACAUUUGCAUAUCACUAUUUAAACUUAAUAGAAAUUAUUAUGAUAAACCUGAACAAUGAUUACUUCAUCAGCAUUUAUAUAAUUUCCAUG